AUCAUAAAGUGAUGGUCCUGAGUACCUCGCACUGACAAUAAAACAAAUGCAGACCGCGGUCGCGAUAGGUGCACGCGCGGGGCGGGGGGCGUUGUUGCGAUCACUGCUGCCAUGUAUUUCGGGUACAAUAGAGAGCGCUACAAGCUCACAAGAAGCCGUGGAGCGAAGCGGAGGGCUCGCCAGCACUUCAUCAACACCGGCGCACGGUCCUUCCUGUGCCUGUGCGCGCUGUUUUACGAGCCUGGCCUUCUCGACGACACGGCAUGCCAGUACUGCAGCUGCAGCUAAAGCUAAAGGCAAGAGCUCAAAGAGCAGCGCCGGGCGGCAAGCUGGCACGGAGGCAGCCGACUUGGACCCUGGGCUCAUUCGUGUCGUCUUGCGGAAGGACGUACCGCGCCUGGGCCGGCGCGGCGAGGUGGUGAGUGUGCGGCGCGGCCUCAUGCGGCACAGCCUGUAUCCGGCGGGCGAGGCCGCGUACGCCACCCCUGACAACAUCGCCAAGUACGGCCUGGCGGACGUGGAGCGCGGCAUGGACGCGGCGGCGGAGCAGCAGCAGGGCGGGCUGGAGAAGCUGAUCAAGGCGCUGGACACCAAGCCCGUGGUCAUCACGCGGCGCGCCAGCGAUUCCGACCCGGAGAGCUUCGCGCCCGGCAGCGCCGCCGUGGGCGCGCGCGCGGUGGCGGCGGCCGUGGAGUCGCAGCUGGGCAUCCGGCUGGACGCGGCUUCGCACCUGUUCCUUGGGGAGCCCAUCCGCAGCUACGGCUCCUACAAGGUGCCGCUGAACCUGCGCCUGGCCUCCGAGCCGCAGCGCCAGGUGGAGCUCACGGUGCACGUGGACCGCCGGGGCAAGCCGCAGCAGCCGGGCGCGACGGCGGCGGCGGGCGGCGGCAGCAGCGGGGAAGGCGGCGCGGGGGCGGCGGCCGGUGCCGCUGGGGGUGCAGGGGCAGCAGCGUCCUCGUAAGGGGGAGGUGUGCCGUGGUGGAUGCCGUCAUGUGAUGGGGUUGGGCUGUACUGCUUCAGUACUUUAAGAUUUGUCGAUGGUGCAUUGUUGCAUACCGGAAGCAGGGUACGGCCGCGUGCAGCAGUGCCUGCCACCCAGGUUGCCGCCGUGAGUGCCUACCUGCAGGGGCGGGCAGAGCGUGGCAGGUCGUCUGCAGUACGUCACUACUUCCACGGAGUGACGAGGUAGAUGGUCAGAAGGAUUUGCAUUCCUGUCCAAGUCCCCGGUGGUCGCCUGCUCUACGCCAUGUGCCGUGUUGGUCGCACCGUGGUUGCGCACCCAUUGUCCUCAUGUUGAGACGCAGCGUUGAUGGAAGCCACAAAGGGCACCGCAAGCAUGUAACCCAAGGGCCAGCAGGGCAUGUAACCGAGUGCAACGAUGUAAGAUGAACUGUUU